GGCACGGGAGCAGGCGGGCGGCCGGCGGGGCUGGGCACCUGCAGGGAUGGCGGGCGAGCGGCAGCACUACUACGGGAAGCACGGAACACCGCAGAAGUAUGACCCCGCCUUCAAAGGACCCAUUUACAACAGGGGCUGCACAGAUACCAUUUGCUGUGUGUUCCUCCUCCUGGCCAUUGUGGGCUAUGUGGCUGUAGGCAUCAUAGCUUGGACCCAUGGGGACCCUCGAAAGGUGAUCUACCCCACUGAUAGCCGAGGCGAGUUCUGCGGGCAGAAGGGCACAAAAAACGCGAACAAACCCUACCUGUUUUAUUUCAACAUUGUGAAGUGUGCCAGCCCUCUGGUCCUGCUGGAAUUCCAGUGUCCCACCCCACAGAUCUGUGUGGAGAAAUGCCCCAACCGUUACCUCACCUACCUGAACGCUCACAAAUCCCAGGACUUUGAAUACUAUAAGGAGUUCUGUGUGCCUGGCUUUAAGAACAACAAGGGUGUGGCUGAGGUGCUCCGGGAUGGCGACUGCCCCGCUGUCCUCACCCCCAGCAAACCCCUGGCCCAGCGAUGCUUCCCCGCCAUCCAUACCCACAAAGGAGUCCUCAUGGUGGGCAACGAGACGACCUAUGAGGAUGGACUCGGUGCUCGGAAAAACGUCACGGAGCUGGUGGAAGGCGCCAAGAAGGCCAAUGGAGUCCUGGAGGCCCGACAGUUGGCCAUGCGGAUAUUUGAAGAUUACACUGUCUCCUGGUACUGGAUUGUCAUAGGCCUGGUCAUCGCCAUGGUGAUAAGCCUCCUGUUCAUCGUCCUGCUCCGCUUCUUGGCUGGCAUUAUGGUCUGGGUGAUGAUCGUCAUGGUGAUUCUGGUGCUGGGCUAUGGAAUAUUUCAUUGCUACAUGGAGUACGCUCGACUGCGUGGUGAGGCCGGCUCCGACAUCUCCCUGGUGGACCUUGGCUUCCAGACAGACCUCCGCGUAUACCUGCACUUGCGCCAGACCUGGAUGGCCUUCAUGAUAAUUCUGAGCAUCCUCGAGGUUAUUAUCAUCCUGCUGCUCAUCUUUCUACGGAAGAGAAUUCUCAUCGCCAUUGCACUCAUCAAAGAAGCCAGCAGGGCUGUGGGAUACGUCAUGUGCUCCUUGCUGUACCCACUGGUCACCUUCUUCCUGCUGUGUCUUUGCAUCGCCUACUGGGCUAGCACUGCUAUCUUCCUGUCUACUUCCAACGAAGCCGUCUAUAAGAUCUUCAGUGACACUGCCUGCUCAGUUGCUGGGAAAACCUGCAACCCUGAGACCUUCCCCUCCUCUAACGAAUCCCGCCUGUGCCCUGGUGCCUACUGUCAGUUCGCCUUCUAUGGUGGUGAGUCAAAUUACCAUCGAGCCCUCCUGGGCCUGCAGAUCUUCAAUGUCUUCAUGUUCUUCUGGCUGGCCAACUUUGUGCUGGCGCUGGGCCAGGUCACGCUGGCUGGGGCCUUCGCCUCUUACUACUGGGCCCUGAACAAGCCGGAUGACCUACCUGCCUUCCCGCUCUUCUCUGCCUUCGGCCGGGCGCUCAGGUAUCAUACAGGCUCCCUGGCCUUUGGCGCCCUCAUUCUGGCCAUUGUGCAGAUCAUCCGAGUGAUGCUGGAAUACUUGGAUCAGCGCCUGAAAGCUGCGGAGAACAAGUUUGCCAAGUUCCUCAUGACCUGUCUCAAAUGCUGUUUCUGGUGCCUGGAGAAAUUCAUCAAAUUCCUCAACAGAAAUGCCUACAUCAUGAUUGCCAUCUAUGGCACCAACUUCUGCACUUCGGCCAGAAACGCCUUCUUCCUGCUCAUGAGAAACAUCAUCAGAGUGGCCGUCCUGGACAAAGUUACUGACUUCCUCUUCCUGUUGGGCAAACUUCUGAUCGUGGGUAGUGUGGGAAUCCUGGCUUUCUUCUUCUUCACCCAUCGAAUCAGGAUCGUGCAGGACACAGCACCACCCCUCAAUUACUACUGGGUCCCUAUAUUGACGGUAAUCAUCGGCUCCUACCUGAUUGCACAUGGCUUCUUCAGCGUCUACGGAAUGUGUGUGGAUACACUGUUCCUCUGUUUCUUGGAGGACCUGGAGAGGAACGAUGGCACGGCCGAGAGGCCUUACUUCAUGUCUCCCACCCUCAAGAGGCUUUUGAAAAAGACCAACAAGAAGCCGACAGAGUCCUAAACGCCCCGCCCUCCCACACCUCCCCUGAAGUCUCACAGCGGGUGCUCGGCAGCUGGAUCAGAACCCCGGCCCCUCGGGCUUACCUGAUGUCCUAUCACUGCCGCCCCUUCCCGCCCCCCAUCAUCUAGUUACCACCAGUUUCCGGGAACCUGGAGGAUUGGGGCAUCUCCCUAUGCCAAAGGCCAGUUGGAGUUUUCACGGUGGCCCCCCCAAGACAGUGCAAUGAGUCUCUUCAGCCCCCACUGGCUCAGAUAAGAAGCCCAGCGAGGGGGUUGGCCUCUGUGGGCUGCCUCCCGCAUCCUGUCUCCCUCUUAUGACAGGACAGCAUUUGCAUCUGCAGGAGCGGUGGCCAUAGUCAGCUCCAGCUUCUAAGGUCCCCCCCAUUCACUUAUGUGCUCUGACCAGGAUGCCAGGACCCUCUCCAGGGCUGAGCAGCUGGCUACUUGCCACUCCAGGAAUUUCUUUAUUAUUUUUUUUUCAGCCUGGACUUGCAUUAAAGGGUCUAUUAACUUUUUUCUGUCUUCACGGCUGAGAUGGGACUGCUAAGGAAUGCUUUCCGAUGUCCCUUCCUUGGAUGUGACAGGGGUGGGAGUGUGUGUGCCCAGGUGGGGGUGUCCCCUGGCACAGGAGGCAGUAGUGGGCGAUGUUGAUGGGAGAAGAGGGAGUGGGACUGUUGGGGGAGGGCAGCUGGUGUGGAGCAGGAGGGAGGAGGUUGCUAAUAACUGCUUAAUGGAAACCUGCUGGCUGGCUGGCUGGCAGGGUUGGACCGAAUUUCCCCCUUCUCUAUGCCAGUUAUUGACACAGCUCUCUUUGUAAGAGAGAAAAGAAACUGAAUCCACUGAAGGGAGGAUUUCAGGGGGAGAGGGGAUGGGCAAAUGGGGCCUCCCUGCCCAGUCACCUCGCCUUGAGUGUGAUUUGCCAAAUUUGUUAAACUCAGGGGAACUGGUGUCCCAGUUCCCCGUUCGCCAUAUCCCAAGGCCCCCGGAUCUGGGAUCCCAGAGAGAGAGAAGUCCCAGCCUGGGGUUUCUGUCUCCUGUGCCUGCUGCCCCUCCUCCCCCAUUCUGUCUGCACACCCCUACAUAUAACUGCAUUCCAACCACUAAUAAAGUGCCUAUUGUACAGAG